AUGGCGUCAUCCGAGGUCGACCAGAAGUUUCUCGGCCGUCUAGCCAAGGCCGUCGAGCGCGACAAUCCGCUCCUCUCAUCUGUCCUCUUCAAGAUUCUCGGCCUCUCGAUCAACCUCUCCGGGCAGCUCAUCAAGGCCCGGAAGCAGCGCCGUCCAGAUGGCACAUAUCCUCCAGAAGCGACCGAUCUCAUCUGCCACAUCAUCUGGCUCUCGCGCGAGGGCCUCGUCCUCCUGCAGCAGUACGUCCUGCCCAUGGUCGGCAACUAUGUCGAGCUCAAGGUGCUGGCCUACAAGCUGCGCGCCUCCUUCUACCACAUAUUCGUCCUCUUCCAUAACACUCCUCCCAUUUCUUCAAUCACGGCCGCAAACACCCCCGACACACAGUCCGUCUCUGGCCACCCAUCGUCCUCGCGCGUCGAUAAAGGGAAGGGCAUUGCCCGCGACGACCUCUACGAUGCCAGCAAAUCUUCUGUCGGCCCACCCCCUGGCUUCGAGCACCCCCCUCCCCCGACAGCCUUCCUCUUGAAGCCAGGAAAUUACCUUCCCGAAGCACACCAAUAUUUCCGUGAGGCGGUCCAGCUCGCAGAGGAACUCCUCUGGGGAUCCCAUUCUCUGCGGUUAUCUGUAAAAACAGAGUACGCGGCCUUCCUAUACGAAUGUGUUCGUGACCCGGAAGCCAGCCGCAAGCUCGCGAGGGAUACUAUCGCAGAAGUGUAUGAGGCGACAGAAGGGAUCGAUAAUGAUAUGUUUAAUGAUGCCUGUGAGCUGGUGACAGUGUUAGGAAAAAUGAUGAAGAGAGGACUUGGAUCGUCGAAUAAUACGUUAAAGGGUAAGAACAGUCCAGCGGUAGGGGUCCAAGGGACGCCGCCUGGCGUUGGGAGGGAGCCGCCUCCGGGGAUGAUAUAG